UUACCUAUAAGAAUAUUAAUGUUUUUAGAGCAAACGGCAGGAUCACUUGGUAGAUUGCACUUUUUUUCAUUGUCACAUCUGAGGGUUUUUUUUCAAUAAAAGGACAUUUCUACAUCUUUACUCAUUGAAAAAAAUAUUAACAGAUUAUUUCUUGGCUAAUUUAAUAUUUUCUUUUGUCUCUAUCGUAUUUGUGUUUGGGUUUGAGGAUUUUGUGAACAAGAGGCAGGAGGCCCAGCUCAUCCCAGCUCAGAAUCAGCGACCAGUCAGCCAGCCAGUCAGCCAGCCAGCCAGCCACCCCAACUAGUCAGUGAGCUUCCCACCUGGGUUUCCAACCAGUUACUCAUCCAGCCAGUCACAGGGGCUAAAGCUUGUCAGCCAGCCUUACAGCCCACUUGCCAACCAGUCAGUAGAUCAGCCAGUUAUCCAUGCUGAAGCUCCUGUGUUAGACCCCGACAGAAGGGGCUGGCCCCACUAAAUCUGACGGUCCUGGUAGCCAACCAGAUGACCCUAGCCUUUAUAAGGCAUUCACACAGACAGCUUGUCCCACUGAACAGCAGGUGGCUUCAAACUGCAAUCACAUAGCUGUUCCUCCAACUUUGUCAUAUGACAAGUUAGCUUUUUAUAGUGACCGACUGUGAGGUUCCAGUUUUGACAAUAUCCUCGUAAUUCCUGUGAGCCUCGUGGACUAAUUCAAGUUUAAUGGGCAGCACAAAUCAGCACAUGCGCUCCAUUCUGGUUUUGGUUUUUGUGGAAAAUGACAUUAAACACACUUCUAAUUACAAGAGAGAGAUUGUUUUUUAACAGCAGAUUAGGUUGAAUGGGUUCUUGGUGAGAUCUUUUUUUUUCAUGAUAAGGAGAACACAUUGUCCCCCUGAGGCCACAUGGAUUUGCUGGUGAAAAGCAGACAAGAUGCAGCAUAAGGGAAGUACCCUUAGCUGAUUUUCAUCCUAGUUAUGCUUUUUUCUGUGGCUCUCACAAUGCAAGAUAAUUAAAAUAUGUUGAAUCUGCAUUUGGAAAACAGCUCUUCCGGUCGUAGCCAAUACAAAGUAGGAGACAAAGGAGUUUGGGAAUAACAGUGAGGGCAUCCUCUGUUUAAGUAUUCAGUUGGAGUUGAGCAGAGUGGGGUGCUCAUUGGCUGCGUGCAUGACGCCAAAGACCACAGGACGUUCCAGGGGCCAGUGAAUUGUCCAUCAGCCACAAAUGGGAUUAAUCCUCAAUUUUGAAACAGAAACUUUUAAUGUGUUUCUAUGUCUGUACUGUCUGGUCUAUUAAAAUGGAAUUGAGAGCGAAGUGGGAGAAAGGGCCAGUUUGGAUGUAAGAGUGCAUUUUGAAACGAGAGAGCAUGUUUUUGGAUGGCAUUUUUUGUUUGGGGGUGGGGGUCUUUUUUCUUUUCCCCCCUCCCUCCUCUCUUUGUUUGUGUGGUAAAUCCAGGAGCAGCUGCCGGUCUCAGGGUCUAGUGGGAUUUUGGGUCUGUGUUUUCUCAUGCCAUCUCAUGCCAAGGUAGUGUAACGCGAGCACAGAGACAGAGAGAAAGGAGAAGGGUGUUUCUGGAGGAGGGGGAUGCAGGGCUGGAGAGCGCCUCAUCGGGAUGGCUGUGACCAUGAUGGUGACGAAGGACGAGAGGAGAGUUGGGGAUCUUCAGAGGGCUGGGAUGAAUUCCACCCCUUCAUCGAGGCCCUUCUGCCCCAUGUCCGCGCGUUCGCCUACACCUGGUUCAACCUGCAGGCCCGCAAACGCAAAUACUUCAAGAAGCACGAGAAGCGCAUGUCCAAGGAGGAAGAGCGUGCAGUGAAGGAUGAGCUACUUGGGGAGAAGCCAGAGAUUAAGCAGAAGUGGGCCUCCCGCCUACUGGCCAAGCUCCGCAAGGACAUCCGGCCUGAGUUCCGUGAGGACUUUGUACUCACCAUCACGGGCAAAAAGCCCCCCUGCUGUGUGCUGUCCAACCCCGACCAGAAGGGCAAGAUCCGCCGCAUCGAUUGCCUGCGCCAGGCUGACAAGGUGUGGCGGCUGGACCUGGUGAUGGUCAUCCUGUUCAAGGGCAGCCCCCUUGAGAGUACGGAUGGCGAACGUCUGGUCAAGUCACCUCAGUGCACCAACCCUGGUCUAUGUGUUCAGCCACACCACAUCGGAGUGUCUGUCAAGGAGCUGGACCUUUACCUGGCCUACUUUGUCCACACGCCAGAAUCGGGACAAUCAGACAGCUCCAGCCAACAAGGAGACACAGACAUCAAACCACCCCCCAACGGACACCUGAGUUUUCAGGAUUGUUUUGUCACUUCAGGAGUGUGGAAUGUGGCAGAGCUUGUCAGAGUCUCACAAACUCCUGUAGCCACGGCAUCAGGCCCUAACUUUUCACUGGCUGACCUGGACAGCAGUCCCAGCUACUACAACAUUAACCAGGUGGCUCUAGGGCGGCGCUCCCUCACCUCCCCUCCUUCCACCAGGUCUGAGGUGGAGUUGUACGCAAACCUUCCACGGAGCUCUACCAAGAGGAAGUCCUUGGAUGACAGUGAGUUGGAGAGCCCUACGGACGAUGUUUUCUAUCCCGGACGCUCACCUGCCGCCAGCUCUUCUCAGUCCAGUGCAUGGCCUAAUGACAUGGAUGCAGUGCAGCACCAUUUGGCGAGUGUGCAGGAGAGGAAGAUAAAACAUGAAAACGAUGGCGUGCAGUUUCCUUACCAUGGACUGUCCUCGCCUGGUUCACUUAAGAAGCCGGGAAAGUUUGAUUUCAACGCCCUGACUUCCCAGACGAGGUCCCCCCGCAUGGCGUUCACACACCACCCGCUGCCUGUGCUAGCAGGAGUGAGACCAGGGAGUCCCCGUGCCUCGGCCUCUGCCCUGCACUUCCCCUCUUCAUCUAUCAUCCAGCAGUCCAGCCCGUACUUCACCCAUCCCACCAUACGCUACCACCACCAGGACCCGCUUAAGGAGUUUGUGCAGUUUGUGUGCACCGACGGCACUGGACAGCCCAGUGCCCAGCCUAAUGGAGGUGGCCAGAGCAAAAUGCCGGGCUCCUUCCUGCUGCCCCCGCCACCCCCGGUGGCACGCCCUGUGCCCCUUCCCAUGCCCGACUCUAAAACCUUCAGCACGCCCACUGACGGCGGACUCAGCUCACCCGCAUCUCCGUCAUACUCCACGCCAGGCUCCACAGCUCCCACCCGGUUUGUCGGCAUCGGAACACGGGACAACUUUCUGAAUAUCCCCCAGCAGACUCAGUCCUGGUUCCUCUGACAAGGCAUCUGAAUCCACAGCUCACGUUGUGUCAUAGAAAUUGGAAAGCUGAAAAACAAACGCAUCACCGUUGAUAAAGAACAAACUGCUGAAAAGGUCUUGAAGGUCUUUCUCGCCAAACACUAUUGAAAGUACUACUACAGAACCCCGAGAACUCCCACAGCGCCCCCAUGAGGACUCCCACUUCAGCACGUCUCAAACAGGAAUGUUCGUCCCCGUUCACGCAGGAGGCUUGAAUGAGAUUGAGCGGACAGACUCGGAAGAAUACACAGGAGAGGAAGAGGAAGAUGAGGAACAAACUCUGAAAUGCCAGAAUGGAAACACAACAUAGAAAGCUGACAAACGACCAAUUCAAUAUUUGUUUUUUUUCUUCUUCUUUUAAAAUAUAUAUAUAUAUAGAUAUAUAUAUAUAUCUAUAUAUAUGUAUAUAUAUAGAUAUGUCGAUAUUUCUCUUUUUAUGUUGUCUCCACAAUGAAACUCCAUGCAUUGGCUAAGAGAUCCACAAAAAAGGGUAGUUCAUAGUGGCAUUUGAAAGUUCAAAAGAUUGUCACCCAAUUUGCACGCAUCCAUAUCAGUGCAUUUCUCUGCGCAUUUCUCCUCCACUGUCACACAUAACACUCAUCGCCAUUCAAGCUCCUCCCCUUUAUGGCGCUCAGGGUGGAGACAGCUGCACACCUGUGUGUCGCCACACUCUGCUGCUUGAUUCGCUCAGUCCUGAGCCUCUUUCAUUUCCGAUUGGCCAAUCACAGUGACGCCAUCUGAUGGUGUGACACGUAUCUGCACUAAAGCGGCUGUUUUUUUUGUUUACCUGUCAAAUGAUGCGGGUGUCCUGCUGUGGGAGAGGUGACCGCCAUGAGGCAGGUGCGAGCGAACACCAGACAGAAAGACAUAACACUAACUUUACACGUGCUCCUUCGUCCCCUCACCUAUGCACUAUUGAUUUUUAAAUAAGGGAUGAAAAGUGUUGCACAUUGAUGAUCAUAUGAGCGAUGGAAGAAGUGGGCGAGGCCCGCUGCCACUGCAGGGCUGAAACUGUGCUGAAUUCGGAGUCUUGGCCCCAAAAUGCGCAGCACUACGCACACAGACGCAUGUUUGCAGACCUUCUCCAGAGCAGGCCGUCACACAAAACAACCCCUUUGUUUACUGACACACAUGCACACAUAUUAUGUGCUUCAUAUCACCAGCUUUAACUUGGUUUUCAGGCAUACUCUGGCUUUUCUUUCUCUCCAAGAUUUUGUUUUUGGUUUGUCUCUCCUGGUUUGUUUUUGAAUUGCAUUUUUUUCCCCUCUCAGAUUUCCGUAGCUCCGUAACAGCAAAUCUCUUCCACAGGCAGCACAGUACCAAGAGCUCUUCACAUGCAUCACUUGUGUUGCUUCACCCGGCAUCCCCCCUUUCUCCAGAUAAAUCCAAACGAGCACACAAACGCACGCACGCACGCAUACGAUGCACACCGACGCCACCGAAAACAGAAUUAGAAAGGGAAGCCUUUACAUUUGGUUCUCCACAUCGCCUUUAAGGGCUUUUUUUUUGUUCAUUAUUUGUAAUUUGAAUUUGAAUUUUUUUUAUCUAUGUAAAUGUUCACCAUGAAAUUGUUGUUACUUUCAUCAUGACAAGAUAUUUACCUCACAAAAUAACUGGACUGCCUGGCUGUUGGUUCUGUUUUGCAGGGAUAGUUAGCAGGGAAUUACUCUUUCUAGAAACAUUAGUUCUAUGUACUAAAAGCAUAUAUCUAAACUAUAACAGUAUAAGGAAGUGCCUCUAUUCCCCCUCCCAUGUUUGAGCUAAAACUUUGGGGGAUGUUGGUGCAUGUGGAAACCAUUGGCUGGAUCUUUAUAGAGGACUGCAACAAUUUUUUUUUUUUUUUUUUUGUAAAGACAGAGAGAUCCUAUAUAUUUAUGAUAUAUGCUCCUUUUGCUACACACGCUUGCUGGCAGUCUAGUUAUUUUCUGAACUCUCUCUCCCCCUGACCCACAAGCCGCUUCAGUAAUACCAUGAAUCAAAAGACGCCAUUGCCAUCUGCAACACAGCAUUAUGACAUGUACAUGUCAAAAAUCGACAGUAGAUUUGAAGAAGUGUUUUUUUUUUCUUUUUGAUGGAAAGUAUUAUUAUUGAAAAUAUGUGUCGAUUGAGCCACGUGCAAUGCAUUGGGUAGAUCAUUGUGUUUGUCUGUUAGAGAUUUUUAAGAAAGCUUAGAGAAAAGAGAAAAAAAAUGUAAUUGUUUUAAAGUCUGCACGCUCCAGGACUCUAAACUAGAGAGCCAUGAGAAAUCCUAGUCUUUGUAAGUUUGGGGGUAUUUGUUUUCACUACCUUCUUCUCUUUUUUUUUUUUUUUUUACUGUUUUAUGUGUAAUCAUUUGUUAAUAAAUAUGCGGGAGGGCUGAAGGAAAAGAAAACCUACAUAAAAAAGAAAUUAUCAUCAGAUGAAAACUGGUGCUUUAAUGCUAUAAAAAUACAUUCAGACCUACGAAUAAUUAAAAAAAAAAGAGCAAACAAUUUAGGAAAACAGCAUUAUUCCUCUAUCUCUCUAUUUGUAUUCUUCUCUUUUUGUAUCAAGUUCGGGGAGACACCCGCCACACAGAAGGUAGUUGGUUUCAAUCUUCAUUCGAUCUCCUUUCUGAGAAGACCCAUGUGCUCUGCCAGGAACUCACCAGCAAAAGUCAAGCCACCCGCCAAAUUGACUUCUUCACUAUCUCCAACUCCCAUUAAGCCCACGAUAGAGAUCCCUUUACCCUGUGCAGACAAUUAACCCCCCGAAUCCUCGUGUCUUAUCGUCCUCACCUGAAUGGAGCUCAUCUGCUCGUGCUCAGAGUCCUCCUGUUCACGAAGCGCGAGUGUUGAGACCUUCUGUACACAUCAAGGGGGCAAUCGUAGCUCAUAGUCAGGCAGAAAUAGCCAUUUUUGAAGCAGGCAGUAAAAGCUGAGCCUCUCCCCCUGUUCCACCCCCCCGCUCUGUAAAUGAUUCUUAUAGUGCUCGUGCUGUAGUGUAUAGUUUCCCAGCAGUUAAAGGUUGUCCCCUUGAAAGUGCCUUUUGUUCACAGACUCCAUUUUGUAAUCCAGGUCGCCCCUUUUGUUUUCAAAAAUGGUUCGAGGUGGCAGGUUGUUCCCCAGUGCCCCCACAUGGGGGGGUGGGGGUGGGGGCAAGAGGUCGUUGCCAGUUCAGCGCUUCGGGACAACUUCUUCCUCCGGCUUCAAAUGAAUCCCCUCCAUUCUUCCUCCCUUCUCUCCUUGAUUCAUUUUCAAAGCUGUGUAUCUAUAUGUUUAUAUGAUAUAUAUAGAUAUGCACCUUUGUAAAGUUCGAAAAGAAACUGGUGUGAAUUAGUUCUUUACUUUUUAUUGAUAAAUGACAAAAAAAAAGUUGGAAAAAAAAAGCUUAAAAAAAGUCGUUCUUGUUCAGCUUUGGCUCUUUUUUCUUUUCCUUUGUCUCCACUGUCUGUUUUCUGGUAGACACUGGAGUAGUCUGUAACUGUGUGUCCGUCACUCUCCGUCUCUCGCGCGCCCUUCUCUGCUGUUGGGAGGGCGGGAAAAAAAUAAGAAAGAAAAAAGAUAUUUCGGGAAAAAAACAAAAACAAAAAAAAAAACCUUUUUGUCUGAGCAGAAUGCAGUUAGCUCACAUGUUAUUCUUGUCUGUAUGCUUCACAUUGUAUUACCAUAUCCAUCUACUUCAGCUUCUCCAUUCAGCAGCUAAUGUAAGUGAACAAAUUACACGGCCGGGCUUUUGGGGGUGUCCUUGGGUGGAUUAGGAAGAGCCAACAGGGGUUCAAGGGUUUGGGUGCACAAGGUUUACACGGAGGAUCAACAGGGUCUGGAGGGCUGGGUGAGCUGCUUUGGGAAGUUAGGACGGGGCUGCUCAGACUAGAAUAAGAGUUUACUCUUUUGUUAUAGCUAUUUAUACUUUGGCUUUGUUUUAUUCCCCUUUUUUUGUUUCCUUUUUAAUUUGGAAUUCAAAUUUGCUAUCAGGGUAUGCUGUCGUUAAGGCUCCCUUUCUGGACGCCUUGGACUGUAAAAUGGAAGCUACAAGCACCUUAUAACCUGACGUGUCCCACAUGAGGCCCAAAGAGGAAGCUGCAUUACUCGGAUGAAAUCCCACAUCAAUUGAAACAGAUCUUUUCAAAUGAAGUAUUGUUUCAAAUGGGUUCCACACAGUAGAACCCUCAGCAGUAUUAAAACACACCAACUAAAUGGCUAAAAAAGGCACACGUGACCCCUGACCUCUCAGACUAAAGAGGACUAAGGGGGAGUUCUGCCACUAUCUUCCUCUGACCACCUCAUGCUGGACAGUCCUGUGUCUUUGUUGUUUAUUUUGUUGUUCUUAGAUGUGUAUGGUUAUUGUGGGGGGGAAAAAAAAGACAGCAACCCAGCCCCCCCCCCGUCCCUGACUCCUCGGUCUUCUACGCCUCUGUCCGUGCUCUCAGUGCAGCACCACUUCAUUGUGAGAACACCCCCAGGGCUCCAAGUGAAAUGCAUGUGUUAAUUACAGUUUCUUUUCCAUAAGAAGAAAAACAGUUUGAGAAGAGCAGCACCUGAUUGAAUAAAAAGGAUGUUCUUGACUG